GCAUCUUUCGGAAGUUAUAUUUUUUUGGCUUCUGGCAAAAAAUUUAUGAAAUUAAUUUAAACAAAAAAAAUUUAAAUAAAAAUAAUAAAAAUGCCAGAGUUUGUCCAAGGGACAUGUGAGGAAAUGUGUCCAGAACAAGAAGUAAAACUCCGAACAAAAGAAAGAUUACUUCAUUUCUAUGAAUGCAAACCUGGCCAAAAGAAUGUCCCUGGCAUCCUUGUCAAGUCAUUUUCCCGCUCAGCGGCCGGGAUAAAAAUACCUAGAAAAAAAGAUCUCCGUACACAACGUUCACUAAACAAGACAGUAGAAUACCUUUUAAAAGAAAUAACACUUGAUAAACGAAGACCCUUUAAUUAUGUCUAUGAUUUUGUAUUCGACCGUCUAAGAGCUAUAAGGCAAGAGAUUGUUAUGCAAAAUUAUGAUGCAAAGGCAACCAUAAGACUGUUGGAACCUAUGAUUAUGUUUUUAGCUUACAGUCGUUACAGAUUAUGCGAAGAAUCAGUUGAUAACUUCGAUCCAAAGAUUUGUGAACAACAUUUGCAAGAAUGUCUCAAAAGAGUGCUCUGCUGUUAUGACGAAAUUCAUGCAGAAUCUGGUUUUGAUAAAAUGAAUUUAAGUGAAAUUCGUAGCAGAAAUUUUAUCGAAUCCAUCUACCAGUUGUUUAAUUUGGGAUCAAUAGAAGCACUCAAAAGAAGUGCUCAUUUGCCUGCGGAAAUAAAAACCGAUCCUGUAUUCGCUGGAGUAUAUUCUAUUGCCCUUAAUCAUUUUCAGGGAAACUUUUACAAAGUCCUUCAGGGUAUAGCUCGUCUUCCUCAUAUAUUAUGUGCAAUAGCUUCUCUUAAAUUACAAAUUAUAAGAAGGCAAGUGUUCUUAAUAUUUGCUUCCGCCUAUAGCAGUAAACAACUUUUGUUGCCAGUAGAAUGGCUAAGAAAAUUACUUCUUUAUAGCAACAAGAUCGAUGUUGCCGAAGAUUGUAAAUAUUUUGAAUUGGAAUACUUUUCAGAGAAGGAAGCUAUCAGAUUUUAUAAAAGUGAUUUUAAAAACGAGAAUGUAGCAAUAAAACAAAAACAUGAGGCAUUCGUUGAAGAGAAGUUAAAGAAAAUUUAUUUACCAGAAAUAUUAUUGUUGAAAAAACUAUGAAUUUUAUUUACACUCCUUUUUUUAAUUUUAUGAAAAAUUUAUUGAAUUUUAUACUAUCAUUAUAUUGAUUAAGUUACUUAAAAUUGUAAAUAUUAGGUCUACCUAAACUUUUUUUUUAAAUAUACAAAAUUGAAUGUCAA